GACGACGAGGCAGCACAAAAUUCCAGAGCGCACGCGUUCUCAACUUUAGUUCUUUGCGAGUAUCCGAGACGUUCGGUCGUAAUUCGUAUCUGAAUUUGUAUCUGUGCGUGCUGUCCAGAAGUUGGACCUGGAAUCGAAGUUUUUUGUGGCAGAAGUGGUAGAAGCGGCAGAAGUGGCAGAACAGCGGCAACAGCUGAAAGUCAAGAACAAGCUGCAGCUGUAUCUUUGCAUCUGUACGAACCAGUAUCUUUGUAUCUGUGAACGCAUCGCGUGUAUCUGUGGGAUAGUGUGUGUUGUUGAAUUCGGGCCCGUCAAACUGGGAGCGACAACCUAAUCAAUCAGUCACUCAAUAUGGCCAUUUCUAAGAGCCAUCGCCAAGGCAGCUGCUCCUCCAGCACCUCCAGCGUCAGCAUCAUCUCCAGCUUUAGGUCCAGGAACAGGCAACUGGCCAACCCUCGGGCCUGGGAUCUGGCUAUGGGAUCUCUGCUCUUCGUGACCAUACUAGCUUCGUGCUGCGCGGCUCCAUCGAUUAUUUCAGUCGAGUCCACCCCAUUUCCCACGGAAAUCAAAGAAGCUACCACGAUACUACCAUUGCAACAGGAAGAGUUCUCAUCUCCAGCUGCCCCAACGAAACAAAAUGAUACUGUUGUGACCUACCUAGUGGAUCCUGCCAAAAUUGAGGAGUCUGAUCAUGCCGAUUCCACCCAAUUGGGUGUAGCUGAAACAUCGGACAAGUUUGUGUCUGUUUAUGGAGCCACUUUGGAACAGGAUAUCAAAAACGAUGUCAAGAGCGAGGUGGAGGACGAAGCUGAAUCGCCAGUGGAUACACUAAGUGAGGAUAUUAAGGCUGAUGCUGCAGAGGUGGAAAACCAUCAGCAGGAAAAAGAUGUUGAUGUACAAAAUUCUCGGGAACCUAAAGCCCUGGAAGCCGAAGAAGAAAAUGCAGAUCAGCCUCAACCAGAAGAGGACUCGUAUCCGGAUACAGUGACCGACAAUAUAGCCGUUUCCAGUGAGGUGGUGGAAAGCAGGGUUAGACCUUUGCCGAAUAUUACCAGCGACCUGGUUUCGGUUAUCCUGAAUGAAGACAAGGCCAUUACCGAGCAGCCAAUCACCAACACCAAUUUGCUAGCCCUGGAGCAGGAACACGAGAACUUUGAGAGCGAACACACCACUCCCGAGCCCAUUUAUGAGGAGCCCAAACACCAGGUCACCAAGAAGCAAGGAGUGGAGGAUGUGCCUCCUGAGCUAGCCCCUGAGGUUGAGGAAGAGCUGAAAGGUGAAGUCCAGCGAGAGGAACGACAAUUUGAACAACCUGACUUGAAACUCAAUGAAAUUGAUGAGGAGGGGGCACUCGAAAAAUCAUCCACAACAGUAAAGCCUUUGGUCCAUGUAGAGCUCGCCAAAUCGGAGGACGAAGUCCAGGAGAUUGAGAAAAAGACAGAGGAGGCAGCCAAGGCAGAGAUUGAGGAUCAGGUGGUCGCUCAAACCCAUUUGGAGGAGACUGUUGUAGAGCCUGCUGAGACAGAGGUUACAAACACAGCGGAGGAAGUCCCUGAAACCACAGAGGAGAGUGUCGCUGAAGAGGCAAAGGUCGAAACUACAACUGCAGAAGCUCAUCCCCAUUCUGAAAUCAAAGAAAUCGAACCACAACAAACCGCUGUUGAAACAUCAACAGAGACGUAUCCUGAACCAGAAGUCCAAACACAAGAACCUGCUGUUGAAGCACCCACAGAAGUCCAUUUCGAGCCCGAACGAGAGGAAACUAAAGAGGUCCCAGAGGAUUCUCCAAAACCAGAUGGGGAAUCCAAAUCCGUUGAAGAGAAGGAGGACGAAAGUGCCGAAUCUGAGGUCAAACCAACAGUUCAUCCAGAUUCCGAAAAAGAGGACUCCUCUUCUUCUGAGGAAGAGGAAAAGGAUGAGACCAAAACUUCUUCGGAUGACAGCACUGCCACUCCCCUCGUCUCCUAUCCACCCCACGAUGCAGGCAGGACCUUCGACAGCAACACAGCGGACGAGCACUCCGCCCAGCUGUCGAAUCCUUCGAACUAUCGCUCCACCCUUAUCAUAGCCCUGUGCUCCGGCACUGCCGUGAUCUUCAUUGUGGCCUCGUUGGUAAUCUUCGUGGUUUCCUUCCAGCGGCAGCACGGCACCUUGGACAUUGAGAUGCAGGAGCAGCGCUUGGGCAAGGAUGUCCAGGACGACGAGGACGCCCAAAUGAAGCUGCUUGACGUGGAUCUCACCAAGCCUGUCAUUGUGGCCUCGGGGAACGAGGAGACUGAUGAGUGCCUCUAGAUCGCUUAUCUCACCCAGCACCCUGAUCCUCUCCAGGUGCCCUGUAAAUAUUUUUUAACUCUGAGAUUGCGACGAAGACUUCAGCUGAUUGUUUUUUAUUUCGGUUUCCAAAAUUGUUGACUGAAAAAAUCUGCAUCAAAUCGAAA